GUCACCUGUGAACAACAAGAGAGCUGAACUUUGGAAUUGAUUUUGGGUUUCUUGGAUUUCAACUUAUAACUUCUUCCAUACUAUCUUCCUUUCUCUAUUACACUAUAUUUCAGGAUAUAUUCACCUCCAAACACAUGCAAUUACAAACCGCACAAAUGGUCUCCAUCCCUCAACCCCCCGCAGCAGCCCAGCCAACGCAAGAAAUCAAAGUCGCCGCCGCCAGUGCCACAAACACCGCCAUGCCCACCACCACCGCCGCCAGCGGCCCCUCAGCCACCUGGUCCCCCUCCUCCUGGACCGCCAAACCCAUCAAGCAAGACGCCAUCUACGCCUCCCGCCCCGCCGUCGAGCGCGUCCUCGCCAACCUCUCCCGUCUCCCGCCGCUGGUCACCCCCAACGAGAUCGAGAAUCUCAAAGCCAAGCUGCGCGACGUCGCACAGGGAAAUGCGUUUCUCCUCCAGGGUGGCGAUUGCGCGGAGCUGUUCGAUUAUUGCCAGGAUGGCGCGAUUGAGAGUAAGAUCAAGCUGCUGCUGCAGAUGAGUCUGGUGCUUAUCUCCGGGUGCAAUAAGCCGGUCGUGAGGAUUGCGAGGAUGGCGGGGCAAUAUGCGAAGCCGAGGAGUAGUCCGAUGGAGAUGGUGGGGGGGAAGGAGAUUCCGAGCUUUAGGGGGGAUAUCUUGAAUGGGUUUGAUGGUGGGGAGAGGGAUUUGGAUCCGGAGAGGUUGAAGAGUGCAUACUUUCAUUCUGCCGCGACGCUCAACUUCGUCAGGGCCAGCCUGGCGAGUGGCUUUGCGGAUCUGCAUCGCCCGCUGGACUGGGGCUUGGGACAUGUCCAGGACCCAGAGCUGCAGGCCAAGUACACGGCCAUUGUGGACUCAAUCACUGGCACUCUCCGCAUGAUGCGCGCUGUUGGCGUUGGCGCAGAGUCCUCCGCCGGUCUCCAGACCGUCGAUCUCUACACCAGCCACGAGGGCCUCCUCCUCAAGUACGAGCAGAGCCUAACCCGCAAGCUCCCCAUCCCCAGCAAAACCACCUCCACCGUCCCCGCUCCCGAGGCCGACUCCUCCGCCACCGGAAGCAAGAAAGCCUACUACAACACCUCCGCUCACUUCCUCUGGGUCGGCGACCGCACCCGCCAGAUCGACGGCGCGCACAUCGAGUACUUCCGCGGCAUCGCCAACCCCAUCGGCGUCAAGAUCGGCCCAACCACCUCAGUCACCGACCUGAUGGCCCUCCUGCGCACCCUCAACCCCACCUGCGAGGUCGGCAAAAUCACCCUCAUCACUCGCUACGGCGCGUCCAAGGUGUCCGAGCUGCUGCCGGCCCACAUCCGCGCCGUCGAGUCGAGCGAGUACAAGCGCUGCGUAGUCUGGCAAUGCGACCCGAUGCACGGGAACACGCGGUCGACGCCGAGCGGGAUCAAGACAAGGGUGUUUGGGGAUAUCUUCUCCGAGCUGCAGAAGACGCUGCAGGUGCAUAAGAACGAGGGGAGCUACCUGGGCGGGGUGCACUUGGAGCUCACGGGCGAGGCGGUCACGGAGUGUAUGGGCGGGAGUGAGGGGCUGAAUGAGGAGGAUUUAGGGACCAAUUAUACGAGUUAUUGCGAUCCGAGACUGAAUGAGAAACAGGCGCUUGAGAUGGCGUUUUUGAUCGCGGGGCAUUAUAAGGGGCAGGAGGCGCUUUGAGUGGGGGUGAUGAGGUGCAUUUAGCUGGGUGGAGGGGUGGACGGCAUGGGAUGGGGAGACACUUGUGCAUGUGGCUGCAUGUGGCUGCGGGGUUUGUCUUUUUUUUGGGGAGCAGUGGGAGUUUGCGGCGGCGUCCAAAAACAGGGAAAAUGACAUAUGGCAUGGUGUGGAAUCUCCGUGGCACUCAUUUCUUUGGCUGAUGGGUUGUCUGGAAGCCAUUGAAGAGGGGGUUAUGGACGAGGUGGUGACUAGACUCCCGUAGUUAGAUAGAUAGGAUCUCAAUGGAUGGAUACUCAGGA